AUGGAAAGACCAGAUAUUGUUUUUUGGAGACACAGAUAUUUGAAAGAAAUGAGAUGUCACAGGAAAGCUGGACGAGCGAUUGUCUAUAUUGAUGAAACUUGGGUAGACAGCAAUUUGACAUUUAAGAAAUGUUCGCAAGAUGACACAGUUUUGGGAGCUACAGCAAAUGUUAAUUCGAAAAAUAGACUUAUAGUUGUUCAUGCUGGGUCAUCAACGGGUUUCCUUAAGGGUGCUUUACUAGUAUAUAAAGCAUCAACAAAAAGCGGCGACUAUCACGGGCAAAUGAACUAUGAAAACUUUAAAAAAUGGGUGUUGAAGAAACUUCUUCCAAAUUUGCAAUCAAACAGUGUCGUAUGCAUGGAUAAUACACCGUAUCAUACGACUGUCGAAAACCCCACUCCAACGAUGUAUUCUACAAAAAAAAACAGUAAUCGUCCACAGAAAAUUGCCUAUAAAAUUGAUAAUUUAAUAGAGAAAGAAGGAGAUGAAGUUAUCCGACUACCCCCUUAUCAUUGCAAUUUGAACGCAAUCGAAUUUGUGUGGUCCUCUGUAAAAAGAAUAAUAAAGGAACGAAAUGUUACUGGCGAUUUAAGUUUGGACAAUCUGAAAUCCCUUCUUCAAACGGCUAUCACUGCAGUUACUUCGGCAGAAUGGGCAGCGCAUUGCAAACACGUAGAAAAGCUUGAAAAUAAUUAUUGGGAGAAAGAUGAACUGUUAGAAGAUUUAGUGGACGAACUGUCAUUUCAAAUUGAUACCAAUGAUGAUUCUGAUUCAGAAGAAACCGAAACUUGA